AUGCCCUCGUCCGCGCUGAAGCGGAACGGUCUUCAGGAUCAAAAGUUUAUCGAAAGUGGUGGGAUUGCUUAUAUAAGGAAAUGUUGGCGCAAUGCGCAGUGGAGUGACUAUCCGUUUGCUUUUGCCGUGAAAGCCGCGAAGAAACUGCCCGUGCAAAAGCUACCCAUAUCUGCUUUCAAGAGGAACGGGAUGCAAGAUCAGGAGCACUCGAAACUUUUGGGAACAACUAACUUUCUUAAGAGAUGUCCCCGCGAUGUAACUAUAGAAUGCGACGUUUGUACGCGACCGGUGGAAAUAAACGACCCCGUUAAAGUUCCUCCGAUGCAGAAAUCUGAAUUAUGCUGUAGGGUAAAUCAGCCCACAGUACUAACUCGUCGAGCCUGCGAAGUGGCGGUGGGUUGCAGGCCUAGACGAAAGCCUUUUAUUGCACACUCGUACUGUGUAGACUCGGAGCAGGAGAUACAUCGUUACGUGUCAGAGGAUGACCGGGUAUCGUGUUAG